GGUGGUUCCCCCCAACUUCCUGUACACCAGUCCUGCGGUCGUGGUUGUAUGUGGUAUAGUGAUAUACAACGUGGUCGUUGUAUAGUGAUACUAUAGUCGUAAUUGUGAGAGCUUUAGAGGUUAACACAGUCUUCUAUCUUUAUAAUUACAAUAUUAGAAAUGCCCAACAAACCUUGUUUCAAAGUCGCUGACAUCAAUCUAGCCGAAUGGGGUCGAAAAGAGAUCAUUUUGGCCGAAAAAGAGAUGCCUGGUCUAAUGGCUCUGAGGGAGAAGUAUAAAAAUAUUAAACCAUUGAAGGGAGCUCGCAUUGCAGGUUGUUUACAUAUGACUAUUCAGUGUGCAGUUCUUAUUGAAACGCUGGUUGAGCUUGGAGCAGAGGUGCAAUGGUCUAGUUGCAAUAUCUUCAGUACCCAAGACCAGGCAGCGGCAGCGAUUGCUGAGCGAGGCAUCCCCGUCUAUGCUUGGAAGGGGGAGACCGAUGAGGAGUUCAUCUGGUGCAUUGAGCAGACACUCGUUUUCCCUGAUGGAAAGCCUCUUAAUAUGAUACUGGACGAUGGAGGAGAUCUAACCAACAUGGUUCAUGAGAAAUAUCCUCAGUAUUUGGAUGGCAUCAAGGGGCUUUCAGAAGAAACAACUACUGGAGUUCAUAAUCUUCACAAAAUGUUCAAAGAGAAGAAGUUGAAGAUCCCAGCCAUCAAUGUUAAUGAUUCUGUUACAAAGAGUAAAUUCGACAAUCUUUAUGGAUGCAGAGAGUCUCUGGUGGAUGGUUUGAAACAAGCGAUGAACAUAAUGCUUGCUGGCAAGGUUUGCGUGGUAGCUGGCUAUGGAGAUGUUGGUAAAGGCUGUGUUCAAUCUUUGAGAGGAUUUGGAGCAAGAGUCAUUGUCACUGAAAUUGAUCCAAUCAUUGCUCUUCAGGCUUCAAUGGAAGGCUUACAGGUCACUACCAUGGACGAGGUAGCUAAGGAAGGCCAGAUAUUUGUUACUACAACUGGUUGCAAAGACAUUAUCAGGAGUGAUCAUUUCAAGCAAAUGAGAGACGAUGCUAUUGUCUGCAAUAUUGGUCAUUUUGAUUGUGAAAUUGAUGUCGCCUGGUUGGAGAAGAAUGCCAAAGAAAAAGUGAACAUCAAGCCACAGGUUGACCGUUACACAUUGAACAAUGGAAGACACAUAAUUAUUUUGGCGGAAGGACGUCUUGUGAAUUUGGGUUGUGCUAACGGACAUCCUUCGUUCGUGAUGAGCAACUCCUUCACCAAUCAAGUACUAGCUCAGAUUGAACUAUGGACGAAAACUAGUGAAUACCCCAUCGGUAUUCACAUGCUGCCGAAGAAGCUCGAUGAAGAGGUUGCUGCACUCCAUUUGGAUCAUUUGGGCGUGAAGCUUACUAAGCUUACAUCUGAACAAGCAAAAUAUAUUGGAGUACCACAAAACGGACCAUUCAAACCUGAGUACUACAGAUACUAGAUAUGCGUAGCCUACAUUUAAUCGAAUCUCUUUUUAAUUUGAAAGUGCAUAAUGUAGGCUAUCAUUAAUAUUGAGAACCUUUUGAAUUACUAUGUAAGCUUUUGUGAAUUGCUUUCAACGAUUUUCAGAUUUGUUUGACGAAAAUAAAUAUUUUUGGCACCUUA